AUGAGUAAACGGGCAUCACAGAGAUUAACAUCUUAUGAUUUCCCACCUAUAAUCCCAGCCCAAAUAGAUGAUAUCGAUGUCUCACAUGCUGUCAAGACAUACAAACCAGGACAUACCGAUCCAAAAGACCUACCCGCAAAACUACCAAUCUACAAUGAAGCCACGGGCAGUAUAAGGAGAUUUGUGAAACGACGUGAAUCAAAUAGUAAUAGUAGUUCCCCAGAAAGACAAUCUCCAAUGACGAUGACGGCUUCAUCAGUAUGGCCCCAGAAGGACCUACCACCAGUUCCCAAUCUUUCUGAAUUAACCACCAAAAGAACGAGUCAUAUUUCCGAUUCCUCAGUCGAAGAAGAUGCCAGAAGAAUAUUGGCGACAAAGUAUUAUCAUCAACGAGUCUCAAGUUACCCGAAUCCACAAUCGGAUCUCAAUUCCCCAACUGAAUCCAUUCCAAGAAUUUCAGAAUUACAAUCUACAAAACCAUCAAGAGUAUCACUUAGUAGUUCUACAUAUUCUUCAGAUUGUUCUUCUGAAGUCAACACCCAACGAAGACCAUUUAGUGCCCAACGCAGGUCUUCAAGUUUGGGUUUAGAUAACAUAACUCCAAUCUCAACCGCUGAUUCAUAUAUCCAGAUGGGGACAAUACCCUAUCAAGCACAACGAAGAGUUCAGACUGUGGAUUCUCCCAGUCGACAGAUUGAAUUCUUUGAUUAUGACGUAAUUGAAGAAUAUCAAGAAUAUGAUGAUGCUAAUUCGAAUGAUAGUAUUUUUUCAGAACCUUCGUCGGAAGAACUUUGUAUGGUGGUUAAUAAGGGGGGAAGAAAAAUCGAUCUAAAAGAAUAUCCUGAAGUUCCUAGUAUUCUACCCAAGACUAGAGGAAAGAAAUCUCAAUCAUCUCCAGAAAGAGAAAUUAUCCAACAAACAUAUCCUCCAGGAAAACCAAGACCAGCGUCUUUAGACAUAAACAAAUCAACAUCCCUGGAACUGAAUAGGAGGCAUUCACGCUAUGAUGUCUUUCAAGAACGAGAUAAGAUUAGACAAGAAGUCAGACAAGGGCCAUUUAGUUUUUGUUUAGACAUACCUUCAGAUUAUGAAUAUAGUAGAUUUCCUACAGUUACAAAUCGUCCGCUUUCACAAUUACAAUUUCCGGACAUACCACCUAAUCCGCAACCUACGAAAGGAGGGGGGUCAAUUAAAUCACCUCAGAAGAGAGUGGUGAGUGAUUUUGGAUCUUAUAGAAACACGCUGUCUUCUUUGAUUGUUCCGAUAAUGAAGAAAGUUGAAUCCUUGAAACUGGGAUUUUCUCCCCAGAAGAAGAAGGUUGAAAUAGUUGAACCUCCUCACAGAAUAGUAUUUGAAUCAGCUGAUCGUGAAUCUCAACAGAAUAGUUCCAGACCUGUUCAAAGGUUAGACAAUGAACAAGCGGUUCCAAGUGGAUCUCAACAUACUCGAACAGUAAAUGACUUUGAAUUUCAUCCAAAGUCUCUGUUCCCAAUGCUGCUGAGUACAUCGAAACAAGAAUCUCCAAGGAGUACAUCACUCCAAAAACGAGCAGUUAGUGAUUUUGGAUAUUCCCCUAAAACCCUGUUUCCAAUCCUGUCAAUUCCACUCGUACAGCGAACAGAUCUUCCAAGAGGUAGAUCCCCCACAAAGAGAAUCAUAAGUGAUUUCGGCCAUUAUACAAAUCUCCAAUUCUCCGUCCAAUCUAGUCCAAACAAGGAUCAUCCUGAAUCAAUUUCUCCUCAGAAUAAUAGAAUUCAAAGUGAUAUAGGGUAUUAUGUGAGCCAUAUUAGACCACAGAUCGAGAAAGAUAUCAUGAAAGAAAAAGCGCAGUCUUUUAUUAAUCGAUUCAAAUCACAACAACUACAACAAUCUACAAGUCCAGAUGAGAAAGGACUUCCUUCACUUCCAACCCCAGAUCAAUGGAGGUAG